AAUUGUAUUUAUUUCAACUUUAUUUUUUCUCGUUAUACUGGUGACGUACAAAAUCUGCGCCAUUUUGUAGAAAGACCCUUUAAGAUGGCUUUCUGUUGCCUGAUUAAUUAGUUAUUUAGAAAGCAAACAACAUUGUUUCAGUAAGCUGAGUAAGUGUGCAGUUCGGACCUCGCAUCGACAGAAAGUCCGUAAUGGGUUCGAAAUCACGGCGUCGUUCCCGCUCCAAGUCCAGAAGUCGAAGCCGGGAUGGGCACAACAGAUCAAGAGUGAGCAGGUCUCGAUCCUCAGGGGAAAGAAGAGGCCGCAGUCGCUCUGCGGACAAAAAAAUAAAACCCGCCCGCGGACGGGGACGCUCGGGAAGCAAGGACUCCAGCGAUGGCUCGCCUCGUCGAGGUCGGCCUCAACACAGGGCCCGUCCAGGUUCCAGCAGCGGUUCGGAGAGCGACAGAAGGCGAGGACCACAGCAUCCCAGGAGCAAAUCAAGGGGUCGAUCAUCAAGCUUUGAUUCAGAUGAUCCCAAAAUGAGGAGGAGGCGAAAGGAAAUGGAGAACAGACGAGGAACAUCUCGAGAACGGAGACGGGGAAGGUCUCAGCACAGCUCUGACUCCCGUGGUGGAAGUAGUGACAGAGAAAGGCGGAGACAGAGAAGUCCCGACAGAGGGAGUCCAGUCAGAGACAGACAGAGGAGGGAGCGAGACAGAGAUAGAGAGAGGUGGAGGAGCAACAGCAAAGACCGGGAAAGAAAAGGAGACAAGAGCCAAGAACGAAGGAAGGGGAGUGAAGACAGGGAAAGUGGUAGGAGCGUGAGAGGCAGAGAAGGGGCCACCAGAGACAGAGGGAGGCGACGCUCCAGUUCACCGGAGUCAUCUGAUAGCUCUGAAUCUGAUCGUAUGGCCCAUGCAGCUAAAGAAAAGGAGGAAAAGAAAAAACAGAAGGAAGUGAUGAAAGCUCUGGAGACACCAGAGGAGAAGAGGGCUAGAAGACUGGCAAAGAAGGAAGCAAAGGAGAAGAAACGGAGAGAAAAGAUGGGCUGGAGUGAGGAAUACAUGGGAUACACCAAUGCAGAUAAUCCCUUUGGUGACAAUAACUUACUUGGCACAUUCAAAUGGCAGAAGGCAUUGGAUAAGAAAGGCAUCGGCCAUCUUGGAGAAAAAGAGCUUAAAGAACGGAACAAAUGUAUUCAGGAGGAGAACCGCAGAGAGCUGCAGAAGGUAAAACAGUUGCGUCUGGAGAGGGAGCGAGAAAAGGCCAUGAGAGAGACGGAGUUGGAGAUGCUGCAGAGGGAAAAGGAGGCAGAGCAUUUCAAAACCUGGGCUGAACAGGAAGACAACUUCCAUCUACAUCAGGCCAAACUAAGGUCUAAGAUCAGAAUUCGUGAUGGACGUGCGAAGCCUAUUGACCUGUUGGCGAAGUAUAUCAGUGCAGAAGAUGACGAUCUUGCUGUGGAGAUGCAUGAACCUUACACCUUUCUCAACGGGUUAACAGUCACUGACAUGGAUGACCUGCUGGAGGACAUUAAGGUGUAUAUGGAGUUGGAGCAAGGAAAGAAUGUGGACUUUUGGAGAGACAUGACAACCAUCACAGAGGAUGAAAUCAGCAAACUGAGAAAACUGGAGGCCUCUGGUAAAGGACCAGGGGAUCGUCGUGAGGGCAUCAACACAGCUGUGAGUACAGAUGUUCAGAUGGUGUUCAAAGGAAAGACAUACAGCCAGUUGCAGGCACUGCACCAGAACAUUGAGUCAAAGAUUCGGGCCGGAGGAUCCAAUCUUGAUAUCGGUUACUGGGAGAGUCUGCUGCAGCAAGUCCGAGUCUACAUGGCCAGAGCAAGGUUGAGAGAGCGACACCAGGAUGUGCUGCGUCAGAAGCUGUUCAAGCUGAAACAGGAACAAGGAGUGGAAAGUGAACCUCUGUUCCCCAUAAUCAAAGAGGAAACAAGGAGUGAUGAAGAGCAGGACAGAGCAGAAGAGCAAGCGACAACAGAACAACCUGGCCAGACUUCCUCCUCCAGGACAUCUGAAGAGGACGGUCCAUCAACAUCCACAGCAGGGAAUCAAGAGGAGGAUGGAGGAGAUAAGAGUGAAAAAAAGGAUGAAGAAGAGAAGGGCGAAGUGGUGGAGGCUGUGUUGACGGAGGAGGACUUGAUCCAACAGAGCCAGGCGGAGUAUGACUCUGGUCGCUACAGUCCCACGCUGCUCACAUCGUCUGAGUUGCCACUGGACUCGCACACAAUAACACCAGAAGAAGACUUACACAGGCUGCAGUUAGCACGCAGACAGCUACAAGUCACGGGUGAUGCCAACGAGAGCGCUGAGGACGCCUUUGUACGGCGAGCCAAAGAGGGCAUGGGCAACGAUGAGGCCCAGUUUAGCGUGGAGUUUCCCGUCACAGGGAAAGUGUACCUGUGGGCUGACAAAUACCGUCCCAGGAAGCCCCGCUUCUUCAACAGGGUCCACACGGGCUUCGAGUGGAACAAAUACAACCAGACACAUUAUGACUUCGACAACCCGCCACCCAAGAUCGUCCAGGGUUACAAGUUCAACAUCUUCUACCCGGACCUGAUCGACAAGCGCUCCACCCCACAAUACUUCCUCGAGCCCAGCCCCGAAAACAAGGACUUUGGCAUUUUAAGGUUCCACGCGGGUCCUCCCUAUGAGGACAUAGCUUUUAAGAUUGUAAACAGGGAGUGGGAGUACUCGCACCGACAUGGCUUCCGAUGUCAGUUUGCCAAUGGGAUCUUCCAGCUGUGGUUCCACUUCAAGAGGUACCGUUACAGGCGAUAGAGACCUCAUACCAAAAUGGACCAAGAGCCCAGACACUGGGUUUUAACCAUGCAGAAUAUAUAGGCUGUGUAGUCUGUGUGCUUUGAUGUACUGUUUUGGGCUCCUUUUUCAUCAAAAAGCAGUCUGUUAAAGCUACAAAUCACUCUGUAAUGUAGUCUGAAAAUUACAUAUUAAAGAUUUUUUUUCCAGCUUUUA